GAUUAAGCACCACAGACUACAAAUUAGCAAUGGAAAAUAACAAGGUGUUUAUGUUCUUAUUAAUCUCUUCAUUGACAGUAUCCACUGUUGUUGAAUGUUUUGGAGCUGGAAAAGCAAAUGAUCCAUUAGGUAAAAUCAUCAAGGCACAGUUGGCGUCUUCAAAGUCUGUACUAGUUGAAGGAUACGCGACCAAAUCGACUGCAGAAUACUCGCCAGUUUACAUGGGCACACAAGAUGGGUUGAAAGAAGCCGAUAAAAUCGAUGCCUUGCCUGGGCAACCUGAACAAGAAGUGAGUUUUGACCAGUACUCAGGUUAUGUGACAGUUGAUGCUGGACAUGGAAGAGCACUCUUUUACUAUUUUGCUGAGUCUCCUCAAAAUUCUUCAACUAAUCCUCCAGUGUUGUGGCUUAAUGGAGGACCUGGAUGUUCUUCAUUUGGUAAUGGUGCAAUGAUGGAACUUGGACCAUUUAGAGUCAAUAGUGAUGGAGAAACUCUCUCCCUAAAUGAAUAUUCAUGGAACAAUGCGGCAAAUGUAAUCUUCCUCGAAUCACCGGCUGGUGUUGGAUUUUCAUAUUCGAAUAUAACAUCAGACUACACCUUGAGUGGAGACACCAGAACAGCUGAAGAUUCAUACACAUUUUUGGUUAACUGGUUAGAGAGGUUUCCAGAAUACAAGACUAGAGAUUUCUAUCUAGCAGGAGAGAGUUACGCUGGACAUUACGUACCUCAGCUUGCUCAACUCAUCCUUCAAAAUAACAAGAUUACCAACCAAACUGUCAUUAAUCUCCAAGGAGUCGCCAUUGGAAAUGCUUGGGUCGAUUUUGAAACGGGCGUCAAAGGAAUGUAUGACUUCUUCUGGACUCACGCCUUGAUCUCCGACGAAGUCAAUCAAGGAAUUCAACUGAACUGCAAUUUUUCUACCCCAAAUACUGUAACCGAGAAAUGUGAGGAUUACCUUGACGAGGCAGAUGAUUUAGUGGAAGAUAUCUUCAUCUUUGACAUCUACGCUCCAUUGUGCUUUUCUUCUUCAACCACUCCCCCUAUUGCAGCCUUUGAUCCAUGUUCUGACAACUACAUUUCCAAUUACUUAAACAUUCCUCAAGUACAGAAAGCUCUUCAUGCCAAUGUCACUGCUCUUCCAUAUCCAUGGGAGUCUUGCAGCGAUAUGGUAGAAAAGCUUUAUCAUGAUUCUCCAUUAACAGUACUUCCGGUGAUUAAAGAGCUCAUGAACAGUGGGAUUUCUGUCUGGAUGUAUAGUGGAGAUACAGAUGGUAGAGUACCAGUAACAUCUACUAGAUACUCUAUUAACAAACUGACAACUUCCGUGAAGACCAAAUGGUACCCAUGGUACAACAAGGAACAGGUUGGUGGGUACGCGAUCGAAUAUGAGAACCUGACAUUCGUGACAAUAAGAGGCGCUGGACAUUUUGUUCCUAGUUACCAACCAGCUAGAGGUUUUGCUUUCUUCAAGUCCUUCCUUGAAGGGAAACUUCCACCUUCAUCUCUUUAACCAGCAUGAAUAGACGGUGCACAUUUCAGCGGCCGAAGUACUUUGCAAAUCUCUAUAGCUAAUCUGUAUUUUCAUAAUCCAAUAACUUUGUCGUGUGUAAGGUUUGUGGGUACACAAAAUCCUGUCUUUUUACCUAUUUAUACCAGAUUCCAAUG